UCUAGACUUCAUUUUUACUUUUGAAUGCUUUGACCUGGCAACACUGUCGGUGAUGUUGAUCAGUUUCAGAAAUAGCCUUAUUCAUAGCUAAUGUAUUAGGCAAUGCAAAGCUAAAAAAAAAUUGUUUCCGUUUAUGUUAAUUUCGUUGAGCAUUUAAUAAGUUAACACAAUGGAGACAGUUGGAAACCUGAAUUUGGCUAUAAUCGCAGCCUCUAUUGGGUUGCGAUUCGCUUCUAUUAUUAUGAAUUUGAUAUUGGCAUACAAGUACUGGGUAAGCGAAUUUUAUGCCUUUAGUGCCUGGACAGUAGGGUCAAUCGUUGUGUCCAUGGUCAUUACAUCGCUCAUAUAUAUACACAUUUUCAGCUCAAAGGCCAGUAUAUCAAUACAGAAACGCAUCCUCGACCAAGGCGUUUUUUUAAACGUUGUACUCGCUUAUCUGUUCCGAGAUGGUUAUGCUUUCUAUUAUACAAGGAAACUCAAAAAUAUCAAGGAGGCUGGCGACCGUGAGGGGGAGAUAAUAUUGUACCAAAAGUUGAUUUCUGAGGAGUGCAAUGUUGGCUUCAUCAGACUGUUUGAUUCGUUCUUGGAAUCCGCACCCCAAAAGAUUUUGCAGCUUGUCAUAGUUUUGUGGUCAAUGAAUGACUUGUCAUACUUUCGACUGGCCACCUUUGUCGUAUACUUCAGUAGCAUUGCAUGGGGCAUACAAUCAUACAACAGAUCGAAUAGAUUGGUUCAAUUCGACAAGCGCGACAUUGAAUCAAAGGGCCGUCUCAUUCAAUUUGCUUUUCUGCUUUGCCUAACUACUUCGAGAACACUGUGCAUUGCUUGCUUAGCAAGUUUAUUUCCAAAAGCCACUUUGGUUGUGUGUGCCGCUCAUGUUUUCGUCUGCGUUUGUAUAAUUUUUGCUGUGGACUCCCCUACAAUAGCGGACUCGCGACUUAUGAACUGUCUGUACUGUGCAUGCUUUGGAAUAGUGUAUCUAUUUAUUUUUACUUCUGUUAAGGACACUCCUACAAAGUACAAAUAUGUAUUUUAUCUUUCAUUUUGCUCUUUUGAAAAUAUUGUAGCUUGCGUGCUGUUUUUUUCCUUACACAUAUCAAUUUUCAUAAUAGCUCUGUAUAUUUUUGGCAUUGUGCUUAUAAUAAUAUACUACUGGACAUGCCAUCCUAGUAUUUCGCUUUCUACAUUUCCUUUUACAUUAUGAUGCUUUAUAUGUAUAUAUACUAAACUAAGCUGUACUGUAUAUACUAAACUAUACUAAUAUAAACUAUUUUUUGAAUUAUGUUAAAGAUGUUAAAGAUAUAUAAUGUAA